CAACGUAGUCAUUUCUAUGUGGUAUAUAAUUAUGGAUAUUGUCAUUAAAUUCUGCUAAUUCAGUGAAUUCACCCGGCGAUGCCAAUGCCAUGGACCUUCUACCUCCGGAUGGUGUUUAUCCUUCUGUUGAAACUUUAAAAAAAUCGUUAUAUUAGGUUAUUUGCGGAGAGAAAACUUAACGUGGCCAUUGCCUAUUUAAAAGGAAAGCAGCAGACUUGUCAUUGAAAAAUGCCAAAAGUUCAAUAUGUGAAUACCAUAAGAACGUUUGAUAAGGAAGGUUUCAAAAAGCGGGCUGGUUGUCUGUGUUUCAAAUCGGAGGCAGAAAAUGAGGUGUUGCUUGUGUCCAGUUCAAAAGUACCAAAUAAAUGGGUUGUACCUAGUGGGGGUGUUGAGCCUAAUGAGGAUUUACAAACAGCUGCUUUAAGGGAGGUUGCUGAGGAGGCAGGUGUAAAGGGCACCCUCGGUCGAUUUUUAGGAACAUUUGAGAAUAACAAAAGAAAGCAUAGGACUGCUGUCUUUGUGCUUAUAGUUACUGAAGAAUCUGAAGAGUGGCACGAAGGAAAGUGUGGACGAAUCCGAAAGUGGUUUACUGUUGAUUCUGCAUCAAAGCUGCUUAGGGAAUGCAAGCCAUUCCAAGCAUGCUACAUAGAUAAAGCUGUUAAGACAAGACUGGGUUGUGGUUGAAAUUACUCUCAGAAGAAUACAUUGCCCAAAAAAGGAUGUGUAGAUAUAUGUAUGUAUAUAUUUGAACAUGUGUCUUGAUGAUGAUAUUAUUUGGAAAGACGACAUGGAUUUUUGUGCUGUAUCCCUAAAACAGAUCUGUAAAUAGUUUUUGAACUGCUAUGGCAUGAUUGUCAAAGAUUUUUGUUGUUUAAUGUGUAAAUAAUAAGACAGAGCCUAAAUUGUGACAGUUUCUGUUCCACAAAA